AUGGAUCAUCAUGUUUCCACCAUCAAACCUCGAAGGAUCCAGAACCAAAAUGUCAUUCACCGCCUGGAACGCCGACGGAUCAGCUCGGGCAAGGCAGGCACCCACUGGCAUCAGGUCCGAGUAUUCCAUCAGAAUGUCUUCCCCAACUUCACGGUCGUCAAUGUUGAAAAGCCUCCUUGUUUCUUGCGUAAAUUCUCACCUGAUGGACGCUACUUUAUUGCUUUCUCUUCAGACCAGACGUCUCUCGAGAUCUAUGAGUACCAGGGCUGCCAGGCAGCCGAGGACCUACUGCAGGGCUAUGAGGGGGAGAUCCUGUCCAACGGCAAUGACCAGCGGUCGGUCAGCAUCCGCGGCCGGCUCUUUGAACGCUUCUUCGUCCUGCUGCACAUCACCAACGUGGCCGCCAACGGUGAGCACCUGAACCGGGAGUGCAGCCUCUUCACUGACGACUGUCGCUGUGUCAUCGUGGGCUCAGCUGCCUACCUCCCGGAUGAGCCGCAUCCUCCUUUUUACGAGGUGUAUCGCAACAGUGAGUCCGUGACCCCCAACCCCCGGUCCCCUCUGGAGGACUAUUCCCUCCACAUCAUUGACCUUCACACUGGCCGCCUAUGUGAUACGCGCACCUUCAAGUGUGAUAAAGUGGUCCUGUCGCACAACCAAGGGCUGUACCUGUACAAAAACAUCCUGGCCAUCUUGUCAGUGCAGCAGCAGACCAUCCACGUCUUCCAGGUGACCCCUGAAGGCACUUUCAUUGACGUGAGGACCAUCGGCCGCUUCUGCUACGAGGAUGACCUCCUCACCGUGUCAGCUGUCUUCCCUGAGGUGCAGCGGGACAGUCAGACGGGCAUGGCCAGUCCUUUCCGAGAUCCCUUCAUCAACUCCCUCAAACACCGGCUGCUGGUGUACUUGUGGCGCCGGGCGGAGCAGGACGGGAGUGCGAUGGCCAAGAGGCGCUUCUUCCAGUACUUUGACCAGCUGCGGCAGCUGCGCAUGUGGAAAAUGCAGCUUCUGGACGAAAACCAUCUGUUUAUCAAGUACACUAGUGAGGACGUGGUCACCCUGCGGGUCACGGAUCCAUCACAGGCAUCUUUCUUUGUGGUGUACAAUAUGGUGACAACAGAGGUGAUUGCUGUGUUUGAGAAUACAUCCGAUGAGCUUUUAGAGCUCUUUGAGAACUUCUGUGACCUCUUCCGUAACGCCACCCUGCACAGUGAAGUCCAGUUUCCCUGCUCAGCUUCUAGCAACAAUUUUGCAAGGCAGAUCCAGCGCCGGUUUAAAGACACUAUCGUAAACGCCAAGUACGGAGGGCACACGGAGGCAGUACGCCGGCUGCUGGGGCAGCUUCCCAUCAGUGCCCAGUCUUACAGCGGUAGCCCCUACCUUGAUUUGUCUCUCUUCAGCUACGACGACAAGUGGGUGUCCGUCAUGGAGCGACCCAAGACUUGUGGAGAUCACCCUAUCAGGUUCUAUGCCCGGGACUCUGGUCUGCUCAAGUUUGAGAUCCAGGCAGGCUUACUGGGCCGCCCCAUCAACCACACAGUGCGGCGCCUUGUUGCAUUCACCUUUCACCCUUUUGAGCCUUUUGCUAUUUCCGUGCAGAGGACUAAUGCCGAGUACGUUGUCAACUUCCACAUGCGACACUGCUGCACGUAG